GCGUCGCGACGCCAGGCGUCGCUGGCGUCGAGCCGGCGGCAUAUCGUCCGAGUGUGAAGCGUUGUGCGCCGUAUCGCCGUCGCCGUCGCCGCCACCGUCCGGCCUGUGCGUCGUGCUCGCGAGAAACGUUUUCCACCUGCCGUUACCUGCCGUCAUCGUCGGAGGACAUCGUCCCCUCGCAGGAAGCUGCUCACGGGUUGAAAGAGAGAGCGAGAAAACGAGGGAUUCCGCCGACCCGCGUUAACCGAAGGGGAACGUGUACGCGGGGCGAGACCCCCGACGCGGUGGAAUGCGCGUAUAUAUAGGAAAAGGGAGCACUGGCCGUGCGGGUGCUCGAGCGAGACAGCGAGCGGUGCAGUGACAUCGGGGUUGCUCGCCGUGAGCCGUGAAGGGAGGCGAGGUCGAGGAGGGCGAGAGCGAGCAAGAGAGAAAGAGAAAGACAGAGGGAGAAAGAGAGAUACAGAAAGAGAAACAGAGAGCAGGAGGGCGAAGAGCUUGGAUCGGGAGUUCGAGAAAGGGAUGCUUGGCGAGGAGAACGAAGCGGAUCUUCCCCGUGGCCGUCAUCGUUUUCGUCGUUGUCGUGCGAGGGCGAGAAAUGUGAGGGUGAUUCAAGGAAGGGAAGGAAACUGGAAUUGAUCCGACGACGUAGAUGCCGCCUCUCCGACAUCGUCGCCGUCGUCAUCGUCGUCGUUGUUGAGUGACUCUCCUCUCCCUCUCGACCCUCCCCCAGCUGCUUCGCAUCCUCGGCCAUCCGCGUGCCGGAAACGGUCGUGCGCGCCGGGCGGGAAUUUCGUCGCUGGGAAUCUCUGCGCGCGAGUAGCUCGACACGGUGACAAGGGUGCGUGCUCUUCUCUCGGGGAGACGUUCCGUGUAACGCGGAGAAAGUGCGUAGCAUACUCGUUGACCAAUACAGCGUACGGCAACAUACACACACACACACGCGCGCGCGCGCGCGCGCGUGUGCGGUUCUUCCUCUGCAACGGUGUCGCGCUCGCGCUCUCUCCCACUCGAUUCACGCGCGUGUGGGUGUGUAUAGAUAUAUGGUGUGUGCAUAUGCGCGCGCGGGAGCGCGUAUAUAUAAAUAUAAUAGAACGCACCUAGAUAUCUAUUUAUAAGUUACACGUAGCGAGAGAGAAAGAGAGAGAGAAAGAGAAAGAGAAAAAGAGAGAGAGGCCGCGCCGAGAGAACGAGCAACUGGGAUAAAAGGAGAGACCGAGGGACAGGACGUGCGAGUGUGAGUGGGAAGGAGAAGCGCAUAAGGAGAGAGAGAGAGAAAGAGACACACGUAUAGACGAAGAGGGAGCGAGGGAGGUAGAAGAAGCGAAAAGGAGUGGUGGCGGAACGUGGUGGUGACGGUGGUGCGCCCGCGCUCGGUUUUCCCCACGUCUUCCGUCGUAGUUGUGUGCCGGUCGUGCCUGGUGAUGGUGGUGGUCCUCGUAGUACAGUGGGUGCACUCGUGUUGUGUGUCCAGGUAGGAAGAGAAACGAGCGGCCGUGGUGGUCAGGAAGGUGGUUCGCGCUACGAGGGAGGUGUCGGGGAUACAACACACAGCCGGGAAGUUGCUCCUCGCGAGAAGAGAGUGCAUUGCGCCCUGCGUACGAUCUCUCGGGAGUGAAGCCGGGCCGGGACCGGCGCAACCGGGAGAAUCACCAGGAAGAGGAGGAGGAGGAGGAGGAGGAGAAGAAGAAGGCAUACGAGGAACGUGGAGGAGGCGAAGGGAAAGGGUGACUCUCUUGCGACAACGACAGCAGUGAGCGAUCUCGCGGGGCCGCGCGCGAGUGCGUGAACGCGCGCGGAUAUGACGAGCGGAUACGCCCGGCGGCUCACGUGAUACGCAACGCAGUCCACCGUCGUAUUCCACCGUCAAGAAAGAAAUAUGUGGUCACACAGGAGGGAGCUUCGUAGCAGCCCAGUGCCGUAGCAUGCCGGCGAGCUGCAGCGCGUGGUGGGGCGCCUCUGAGACACCGCGUCGAUCGGCGUCGAUCGCCGCCAUCUGCGUGGCAGCAAGGCAGCAAUCUGUGGAGCGUCGCCGCAAGAGGAGAAGAAGAAGGCGAGACCGUCGUCGUAGCACGGGAAGCACGGAGCUCGACACCAGUGACCGAUGAGCGCGGGGGGGGAUGGGGGCUCGGCGUUGGGCCCACCUGCUCGGCUGCCGGGGGCCCAGCCGACUGCCGCGACCCCCUCCACCGCGACCCCCCUCGUCGUCGGCCAACAGGCAAUCGGUGGUGUCGGUGGCCUGCCGGACGCGUCCCAAUUGGCGAAUGCGCACCAACCACCGCAAUCGCAGACGGGCGGUCCCGGGGCGACGGGCGCCGCUUCCAAGGCGGCCCAGAAGAGGCCCGUCAGACGGGGCGGUAAGCCGCCACCCGACAGGCCCGUCCGGGCGCUCUUCUGCUUGGCCCUCACGAACCCUCUUAGGAAGAUGUGCAUCAGCGUCGUGGAGUGGAAACCCUUCGAAUGGCUCAUCCUGAUGACCAUAUUUGCGAACUGUAUCGCUUUGGCCGUCUAUACGCCGUAUCCCUUUGGUGAUUCUAAUCUGACCAAUCAGUACUUGGAGAAGAUAGAGUACGUUUUUCUUGUGAUUUUUACGGUGGAAUGUGUGAUGAAGAUCAUAGCUUACGGCUUCGUCGCCCACCCGGGAGCUUACCUCCGCAACGGCUGGAACUUGCUGGAUUUCACGAUAGUCGUUAUUGGAAUGAUAAGUACGGUGCUGACGAUGCUCAUGAAGGAGGGUUUCGACGUCAAGGCCUUAAGGGCGUUUCGUGUUCUGCGUCCUCUCAGGCUGGUUUCCGGUGUUCCAAGUAAGUUACACUCCAGCAAUACUUCGUGCCGUCCAACUGAUAGAUGUAAAUUGAUCUGUGUAGGUCUUCAGGUGGUCCUAAACUCUAUUUUGAGGGCGAUGGUACCACUUUUGCACAUUGCUUUAUUAGUUCUCUUCGUCAUCAUCAUAUACGCCAUCAUCGGCCUCGAGCUGUUCUCCGGCAAGAUGCAUAAGACUUGCAGGCACAACGUGACUGAUGAAAUAAUGGAGAAUCCGGUACCAUGCGGCUCGAGUGGCUACCAGUGCUCCCGGCUCGGACCCGAGUACUACUGCAGCAAGCAGUUCUGGGAGGGCCCUAAUUACGGCAUCACGAAUUUCGACAAUUUCGGACUGGCCAUGCUCACGGUCUUCCAAUGCAUCACCCUCGAAGGCUGGACGGAUGUGCUUUACAAUAUCGAGGACGCGAUGGGAAGUUCGUGGCAAUGGAUAUACUUCAUUUCGAUGGUCAUCCUUGGGGCUUUCUUCGUGAUGAACCUAAUUCUUGGUGUGCUGUCCGGUGAAUUCUCCAAAGAGAGAGAGAAGGCCAAGGCGCGUGGCGACUUUCAUAAGCUCAGGGAGAAACAGCAAAUCGAGGACGAUCUCAGGGGCUACCUCGACUGGAUCACCCAGGCCGAGGACAUCGAGGAGACCAACGAGCCGAAGAUGCAGGAUGGGAAAAUCAAGCAACAAAACGAGAUAGAAAGCACGGACCAACUGGAGGGUGACGAGGAAGGUAUCCAGCAGGAGUCGGUUUGGAAGAAGAAGAAGCGGGACCUAGACAGAGUGAACAGACGGAUGCGAAGAGCCUGCAGGAAGGCUGUCAAGUCCCAGUUCUUCUAUUGGCUGAUCAUAGUUCUGGUUUUCUUGAAUACCGGCGUUCUCGCUACGGAGCACUACAAUCAGCCGCACUGGUUGGACGAUUUUCAAGAGAUUACGAACAUGUUUUUCAUCGUGCUUUUCUCCAUGGAGAUGAUGCUGAAAAUGUACAGUUUAGGCUUUCAGGGUUACUUCGUCUCGUUGUUCAAUCGUUUCGAUUGCUUCGUGGUGAUCGGUUCGAUCACCGAAAUGAUACUUACAAAUACACAGGUGAUGCCGUCUCUUGGCGUUUCCGUACUCCGUUGCGUCCGGCUGCUCAGGGUAUUUAAAGUAACGAAAUAUUGGAGAUCACUUUCGAAUUUAGUGGCCUCUUUACUGAACUCGAUACAAUCGAUCGCCUCCCUGUUGCUCCUGCUUUUCCUUUUCAUCGUCAUCUUCGCUCUUCUGGGCAUGCAGGUCUUCGGUGGAAAGUUCAAUUUCUGCGACACGGAGGAAAAGACGCGUCACAAUUUCGACAGCUUUUGGCAGAGCUUGCUCACCGUGUUCCAGAUACUAACCGGCGAGGAUUGGAACGUCGUGAUGUACAUCGGAAUCCAAGCUUACGGCGGUGUCGCCGAUGUCGGCAUGCUCGCCUGCGUCUACUUUAUCAUUCUCUUCAUAUGCGGUAACUAUAUCCUAUUGAACGUGUUCUUGGCUAUCGCUGUCGACAAUCUCGCUGACGCCGAGUCCCUAACUGCCAUCGAGAAGGAGGCUGAAGAGGAGGCGGAGAAAAAUAAAUCUCGCAGCGCUUCACCGGCAAGGGACGAAGUCAGCGGCGAGGCCGGCGACGAUGGUGGCGAAGGUAUCGAGGGUGAAGACGAGGGCGGCGGCACAGAUCUCGAGCACGACCCUAACGAGACAAUGGAAGACUACGAGGCCGCACUCGAUACCGAAACCAGAUCGGAAAAAAGCGAGGAUAUAAACACGCAUAAGGUGCGAUUAAACAUUGAGUCCGACGAAGAAGCGGAGGAGGAGGAAGAAGAGGGUGAAGUAGAAGAAAUGCAAGAUGAUGGACAGGAAGUGUCGGCUAGACCGCGAAGGAUGUCCGAGUACAAUAUGGCUAAUAAAAAGGAGCCGAUACCGGCGGGCUCGGCGUUCUUCAUUUUCUCGAGCACUAAUAGGUUUCGCGUUUUCUGCCAUUGGUUCUGCAAUCACAGCUACUUCAGCAACGUGAUAUUGAUCUGCAUCAUGAUUUCGUCUGCCAUGUUGGCUGCGGAGGAUCCGCUGAAAGCUUCGUCGUACAGGAAUCAGAUUCUAAAUUACUUUGACUACUUCUUCACGACCAUCUUCACGAUCGAGAUCUGCCUCAAGAUGAUCUCGUACGGCUUCAUCAUUCACGACGGUGCGUUUUGCCGGUCGGCUUUCAAUCUGCUCGACCUUCUCGUCGUUUGUGCUUCUCUCGUUUCGAUGACGUAUAGUUCCGGCGCGAAAGGCGCAUUCUCCUUCAUCAAGGUGCUUCGAGUAUUGCGUGUCUUGAGGCCGCUACGUGCCAUCAAUCGCGCCAAGGGACUAAAGUACGUAGUGAAGUGUGUGAUUGUCGCCAUUAAAACGAUCGGCAACAUUAUGUUGGUCACCUAUCUCCUACAGUUCAUGUUCGCUGUUAUCGGGGUACAGCUGUUUAAGGGCAAGUUUUUCUAUUGCACCGAUGCAUCGAAAAUGACGAAGGACGAGUGUCAGGGUACUUAUUUGGAGUUCGAGGACGGCAAUAUCGAUAGGCCGGUCGUGAAAGAGAGAUUAUGGCAGCAGCAACGUUUUCAUUUUGAUGACGUUGCCAAGGCGAUGCUGACUCUCUUCACGGUCUCGACUUUCGAAGGUUGGCCAUCACUGCUGGAGUGGUCGAUCGACUCCAACAAAGAGAAUUAUGGACCAGUUCAUAACUUUCGGCCGAUAGUGGCCGCCUACUACAUCAUCUACAUCAUCAUCAUCGCGUUCUUCAUGGUGAACAUCUUCGUCGGUUUCGUUAUCGUUACCUUCCAGAACGAGGGCGAACAAGAGUACAAAAACUGCGAGCUCGAUAAAAAUCAGAGAAACUGCAUCGAGUUCGCGCUAAAGGCGAAGCCGGUGCGCCGAUACAUACCGAAACAUCGAAUACAGUACAAAGUAUGGUGGUUCGUCACCUCCCAGCCGUUCGAAUACACGAUAUUCACGCUGAUCAUGAUCAACACCGUGACGCUCGCGAUGAAAUUCUAUCGGCAACCGCAGAUAUACGCGGAGGCCUUGGAUAUCCUCAACAUGAUCUUCACCGCCGUGUUCGCCCUCGAGUUUGUGUUCAAGUUGGCUGCAUUUCGAUUUAAGAAUUACUUCGGCGAUGCGUGGAACGUCUUCGACUUCAUCAUCGUGCUCGGAAGUUUCAUCGAUAUCGUUUACUCGGAGGUUCACCCUGGCUCCACCACCAUCAUCUCCAUUAACUUCUUCAGACUGUUUCGCGUAAUGCGAUUGGUCAAACUGCUAAGCAGAGGCGAAGGUAUCCGGACGCUUUUAUGGACGUUCAUCAAGUCCUUCCAGGCGUUGCCCUACGUCGCCCUCCUCAUUAUAAUGCUCUUUUUCAUUUAUGCUGUGAUAGGCAUGCAGGUCUUCGGCAAGAUCGCGAUAAACGACGACACGCAGAUAAAUCGCAACAAUAAUUUCCAGUCUUUCCCGCAAGCGGUGUUGGUCUUGUUUAGAUCGGCGACAGGCGAGGCGUGGCAAGAAAUUAUGAUGGCUUGCUCGUCGAAUUCACAGCUAGUUAAAUGCGAUCUCAACAGCGACGAAGCCAGCAAUCAAAACGGCUGUGGAUCAGACAUCGCAUUCCCCUACUUUAUAUCUUUCUACGUGCUCUGCUCAUUUCUCAUCAUCAAUCUCUUCGUCGCCGUCAUCAUGGACAAUUUUGAUUACUUGACGAGAGAUUGGUCGAUCCUCGGGCCGCAUCAUCUGGAUGAGUUUAUCCGACUGUGGUCCGAGUACGAUCCCGACGCCAAAGGACGCAUCAAGCAUCUCGACGUAGUAACAUUGCUGAGAAAGAUAUCACCGCCUUUAGGUUUUGGAAAACUAUGUCCGCAUAGAGUAGCUUGCAAGAGACUCGUCUCGAUGAACAUGCCGUUAAACAGCGACGGCACAGUUCUGUUCAACGCGACGUUGUUCGCCGUUGUGAGAACGUCAUUGAGGAUCAAAACGGAAGGUAACAUUGAUGACGCGAAUGCCGAGCUCAGGGCGGUGAUCAAGAAGAUCUGGAAGAGGACCAGUCCGAAGCUUCUGGAUCAGGUCGUACCACCGCCCGGAGUGGACGACGAGGUAACAGUAGGCAAGUUUUACGCGACCUUCCUCAUCCAGGACUACUUCCGGCGGUUCAAGAAACGCAAGGAACAGGAGAUGAAGGACGGCGACAAGGAGUGUCACAAUACCGUGACUCUUCAGGCCGGAUUGAGAACGUUACAUGAAGCUGGACCCGAGUUGAAACGCGCGAUUUCCGGUAAUCUAGAAGAACUCCUCGACGACAAUCCGGAACCCAUGCACAGGAGAAACCACUCACUCUUUGGUAGCGUGUGGUCCAGCAUGCGGAAGGGACACCACAGCUUCCACAGGGCGAAAUCGCUGAAGGUCAAUUCCACUACUGCGAAGGCUUCCCCGACCAAUUCUAUAGACUUUCUACCAUAUUCCUCGUUACGUAGGACUGCUCGCCCGGAUGUUGCCAAUCAAAUCACUCAUCAACUUGUGCCAAAUGUAGCGAGUGGUCUGAGCGACGGAGCGAUGAAUCAGAUGGGAGGAGAUCCGCGACUGACCGGGGUUGAAGAGAGCAUACCUCUGAGACCGCUCGCUGCCUUCGGCAACCCGGCGCAGCCUUAUGACAACGCGUUUAAAGUGGUCGAUCUUCAGGACGGAAUCGAGCGGCAGUUGACACCACCCACGCCACCGCCGCGACGGAACGCACCACCCACGACCACCGCCACGCCGAGCAUCGGCGGGGCGCACACCGCCGCCGCAACGGCGACGACGGCAACAGCAACCGCAACAUCCGGCACGGCGAGCGGGUCGAGCGUCGCGACGACGACGAUCACCGCGUCGUGCACGACGAGCGCGAACACCUCGACCACCGCGACGAGUUCGAGUCCCGCUUCCUCAUCAAACGGGACAAACUGUUACUACACCUACGCGUCACGGGGCUGCUGCGUCGAUUGCGCGGUCUGGAGCAAUCACGCCGUAGACGACUGUGACGACGAGGACACGUCCACAGAUAGCGGAUCGAGCGAUUCCGGCAAAUGGAACCCGCACUCGGAGGGUGGCGUGGCGCGGGGUACAACAGGGAAGCCCCACGUCACCGUAUUGGGGGGCCGGUCGUCGAAGCGUCGGCACAGAAGCCGCCGCGAUCCGGCAACCGUCGGGGGCAAAUCAGCUCCGGCGAGUUUCCGGUCGCGCGACGUCACGACGACCUCGGCGAGCUCUACGGCCGGCGCCGCGACGUCGGGCCCCACCUCGCGCACUAUCGCCAAUGGCUUAAAAAUGGCGCAGAAUCAGGCGAUCGCCGUAGCCGGUUUCCUCGCUGACGUCGAUUCGCGGCAAUGGCGCGUCUGCGCUUCCUGCUUGUCGCACCGAGCAUCAUCUUACCACGGCAGAGAGCGCCUGUCCCACAGUAUGCCCGGCAGUCCCGCGGACCGGAAGCCGAAUUUCGAGGUCAUCGGAAGCGCGGAGAGUCUCGUCGGUCGGGUCCUGGUGGAGCAGGGUCUAGGCAAGUUCUGCGACCCGGAUUUCGUGCGGUACACAUCGCGUGAGAUGCAGGAGGCGUUAGACAUGACGCGUGAGGAGAUGGACCGGGCAGCUCAUCAGCUGUUACUACAGGAGCGGCGCGGUCAGCCGCUGUCCUACCAGCUGCAGCAGGCCGCAGAGCAGCCCGCAUGGAGCAGCCAGCAUCAGGCAGCAACAACCGGUAUCGGCUAUCAGCCGUUGCAGGAACAUCCACCGACGAGUGGCCAGCCGAGCUACCAUCAAUUGCAGCCAACUAGCUUCCGUCGUGGCAGCAACCGGCAGCAGCAGCAGCAGCAACAGCAGCAGCCACAACAACAACAGCAGCAGCAGCAGCAACAGCAGCAGCCACAACAACAACAACAGCAGCAACAACAGCAACAACAGCGACAGCCACCGUCCUAGCAGGACGAGAAGCAGCUCGUCGCUAAGCGAACGUCGUUUACGUAACCCGGAACACUUAUCUUUACACCGGAAGCUGGUUGUCGGAUUGGGGUCGGAAUCGGGAUCGUCGGGUAUAUGAAGCAACUUUUCAAGAUCGCCACCAUUCCGGCGAGGCUUAAAUCGAUCGCGCGAACACGAUGGAGUCAGGUCGCGCCGGAGUACCCGGAUCGUCGCUAUUGUUCUUGUUCCAAGAGCUCAAGGAGGUUUUAAAUUUUACUGUUUCGAAGUACCCGUAAUAGCUGUAGUUAGACGCGAGACUCAGAGGGAGGAAAGUGGAAUAAAAUCGUGAUCGAGAGUAAUCGCUUGCGACGUCAGGACGUUUGUUCCCUUCCGAUAUGUUCGGGCGUCGAUGAACGCGUAUUUUCGUUUGAGCGAGUAUUUUCUAGAGGCGCAUGGAUGUACACUUUAUACUUUGGAUCACGCGAGCUGCUCCUCCCCUAACCCGGCUCGAUGUUUCUAGUGAUCUUCGACCAAGCGAAACAAGCUGCUGAUCGUUUAAGGGCACGUGGAUGUAUGAACAUUUUACAUUAGAAUGUAUUUUCGCCGCGACGAGAGGUCGGGAUGAUGAUGAUGAUGAUGAUGAUGACGAGAAUGGUGCACGAAUGCGAUAUCGUCACGGCGCCGAGUCUCGUCUCUCGAGAUUAAAAUUCGAGAAAGAGUCCCGAGACCCGGGCUCCCGAUGGAAUUGAGUUUACUUCUAGGAACAGUUCUUUAGGAAUACCAUUAUCCCCGUUUAACGUUGAUCUCCGUUUUCAAUUCGAUUCGUUUCUGUCAGAGACGAAUCGACGAACGCCACGUGUACUCCGUGCAAAAAAUAGGCGAAUUAAAAGAUACAAAUUUUGAUUUCUCAAUACUUUGGGUUUCUUAUUUUCAGUCUUAGCGAUUAGCUUCGAGAUCUUUGAAAUUUAUUGUAAAAUCUCUCAGUUUUCUAGAAUAUUUUAUAUUAAACUAUUUUAAUCAUUUGAGUUAUUUUUCAUAAAGAGCACUUAAUGAAUGGAUAGUUAACAAAGAAACAUGAAACUUCUUCGACUAACGUAUAUUAGAGAUAAUAUUCGCCUUAAUGUUCUACAUUUGAUAUUUAAUUGUUAAAUACCAAUAUAUCAGGAAGAGAGACUAAAGAGUAUAAUAGAAUGCAAAAUAUUUUCAAGUCUAACAUCGAAAAUCGAAUGAAAAUUUGCAAAAGUAGAUUUUUCUAAAUUAUACCAAUUCGCCUAUUUUUUACAAUGAUCUAAUACCUUCUUUUAUGAGGAUCGUCACCUGUUAACCCUUUAUGGCACUUUAAUGGGAUAUUUAUUAUUAUAUAUACCCUUCACGAGUGUAUGAACGCGAUUAUAACCUGGCGUAACAAUUUUCCAUCGAUUCAUCAUAAUUUACAAGCAAGUAAAAUCUUGUUUCUAUACAGACAGGCGAACCGUAAAUUGCAAUUCGCUAAAAUACAUAAUUCGAGUCAUAGAGGGUUAAAAAAAAAAGAAAAGAAGAGAACAAAAGCGCGACAGGCACGUCGGCGGAUGAUCGUUCUUAUUGCUCUCAUUAUUAAUUGCUAUCCUUACUCUUGUUCUGAUGAUUACCGGUAUCUAGCAUGAUAAUUACAACUCGUGAUUACGAUUCGUACGUAUAUAUGGAUUCUAGAUGAGAUAACAAGUGCCUAAGUAUCUAUAACUUCUUUCGGACCAGAGAAAGACUUUUAUCAACUUAUAGACAAAGUAAAAUGACUAUUAUUAUUGCGAAUUAUUAUUGCGCGAGGAGAGAGAGAUAGCUGCGAGUCAAAUGCGUGUUGUACACUAAUGGCGACAUGUUGUGACGAUAUAGAUAUUAUUAUUCGUAUUUGUAAUUGUGUACAUAACACCGUUGCGCGUAUAUAUUUCCGCUGAGAUGCGUGAGGAUGAAUGGCCGAUAAAUUAGCGCUGCGAGAGAUAUUUGAGAUAUAUAUAUAUAUAUAUAUAUAUAUAUAUAUAUAUAUCUAGAUGGCAAUCUACACAAAUGAGGGUAAGGGCAGGGGUACGGGAAGACGAGAUUGGGGUACUUGAUAGAUUAGGACGUGCGUGGAUAUGUCCUUCCCUUCACGUGGGUGGGACUGAGGCGCACGACACGAUAUAUGUGAUUUUUAUUAUGUGAGAGUAUUCGGGUGUGGCGACGGUCAGGCACGCGAAGAUUUGCAUCGCGGAUUCACGGAUCGUCGAAUCUCUCUCUCUCGACCCACGAUUACAUCCACUCAAGUGCAUGCUCAAUGGGGAGCCUUAUGAAGAGCCACUUUAUAGAUACUCCUGGCAGUCUGAUCUUCGGAGGACUCGUGUCGCUCUGCGAGAGAUUUCGCGGUAGCUUCCGGCAUCAAUCACGACGAAUCAAUGAAAAACUUUACUUGUCCGAAGUCGGUAAUGUUCUCCGUUGCCAACAUUGUACCGUAAGAAAUAAAUAAUAGCGUUUAAAAUUUGUCAAUUCCUUGGACGUUUUACAAUGUUGCGCGAAGGUCUGAUCGAUGUUACAUCGAUCGAAAUCGAGAUCAUGACUCUGACUUGGAAUUAGUCGGUUUACGCACAAUUGUACGUGACAUUGUAACAAUUGAAAUUCAGGUUGAAAGCACAAAGGAGUGGGCUUCGGAGUAGUAAAUCGCUCGGAAACGGCAUGGGUCCUCGUUGACGCACAAAGAGUUCAUUCGCAAAGAACGCAGCCGAUAGAGAGCCGCAGCCGCAACCGCAGCCGCAAACACAAUGCAAUCUCAGAUUUUUAAAUCCGAUCGCAAUAGAAGUAGAAGUCGCGUUAUCGAUGUGUGUCAUUUGAGUGACUUACGGGGUACGCAGAAACGUGAGAUUGGAGAACCGCUGGUGCAUAGACACUGACAACUAACUACGUAAAUGUUAAAACCUAUAGUCGUUGACAAAUUUUUAAGCUCUCGUAAAUUUUAUAAGUACUCGUCAAUCGGCGUGGUUCUGGAGAUUUGUCGCGUGAAGCUUCGAUUUUUCCCGUAUUUGUACAUACAAUGUCGAAAAAACCCAAUGUAAAAAAAAAAGAGGAAAGAGAGAAACGCAACGGAAAAGAGCGCUUAGUACCAAUUAGAGUCUAAUAAUGAAAUUAGAGAGACCUCGGGCAGACGUCGGGUGAUUGACAAAUCGUUUUUACCACUUUACCGCUAGUUUGGGAUACAUUUUCAGAACUACGUUCCUCGACAGCCGCUUUUGGCUCGUCCACGACCAAAAAUGCGAAAUAUAUGCUCUCUCUCUCACGCACCCUGUCUUCGCGAAUUAUCAUUACAUCGCUGCAUUGAUCUUACCGUCUCUUUUUCGUAUGCGUGUUGCGCUUGUUGCGAAAAGAUUCAUCCCUCUUUCCUUCGAACCGCCAUUUGUUGAUUUCUCUCGUUAAUAUAAUCGUUAAUUGUGCUGCAUUAUCUCAUGUUUGCUGCUUUCAUAGAUUAAUCUCGCUCGAGUUUUCUUUCACCCCUCUUUCGCAUUUAUUCGAUUUAUCUUAAGUGGCAAACCUCGAAACAAAAGAGCGUUAUCGCACGCAAUGCAUCUAGUGUACGUACACUAUACACGUACGCUAUAUGCCAAAUUAGAAGAAUCGAAUGAUACUGGGCAGUAAGUGCAAAUCACAGAGAACUACGGGUCCGCAACACGACCAAGUAACGGCAGAAUUUUUUACGCUCUGUAAAAUAAUAAUAGGUCGCCGUUUGUUCUCCGCGUUCUCCUCGCCGCACGCGAGGAGCGAAGGGAUUACAAAGGAAACAAAAAAUAGAAAAAGUAAAUGGAGCGCCACGGUCCAGAACCACUAAUAUUUAAAAAUCCGAAGUCUGUUUAUAUAUAUCUUAUGAUGUCUGAAUAAAAAUUGUCAUAGCAAUUAAAA